UAAUCUAAAUAAUAUUGAUAUUGAUAAUGUCCAUAAUGAUCACUUGAUUGGAUUGAAUAUGUCAGAAAAUAUUUAUGAUAUCAAUUGGAAUGAUGAAGAAUAUAAUCUGAAUAAUAUAUUGAAUUAUAUUUU